UUUUUAAAAUGGAUGCUCAAGUAUCUGGUGUUUUGCUCAAACCUGGGUAGAAAUUAUGAAAUUAGAUUGUGUGUGUGUGUAUGUAUGUAAGCCUGUGUCUGUUUUGCCUAAUGGUAUGUAGACAAGCACAGGGAUAGUCCAGAGUGGUGUGAGUACUGAGGUGAAUUGGAUGGAUGGAAAUUAUAUAAGCUGGUCAGAAUAUAUUUGUGCACAUAGGGUUUGUUGGGGGGAGGUGUAUUUUAAACUUAUCACAGAAUCUAGAGAACACAUUCAAUACUGGCAUCUCUGAAAAGAGGUUUGCAUUCCUGCUCUUCUAUUUACUGUGUCCUUGAGCCAUGGCAUUUCAUCUGUAAAAUAGCAAGAUAACAUCUGCCUUCAGUGAUAUGGUGAAGAUCACGUGAGACAAUACAGGGGAAGGUGCUUUGCAUUGUGUAGUACAAAACAACCAUGACUCUGCUUCAGCCAUCUUGGUGUAUUUGCUUAAGGACAAUGGUCAUUGUAAGUCUCAGAAUUUAUUUUCAGGUAAAUUUUUUUUUCAUUCCAUAUCAAUUUUUAUUCUGAGAUCUCCAUCUGUGCCCCUCUCCCCUGCUCCACCACCUAUCUCCCCCCUAUAGCUUCCCCUUUGUUUUUCUAAGGCAUUUUGUCUAUACUAACAAAUCUCUGCAAAUAUUCCCCUAAAUACUUAGACUUUUUGUAAAAAAAAGCCAAAAGAAUUCAUAAAUACAUUUGGUUUCCUAACCUAUUCCAUCUCUUCCCUUAAUUAUGAAAAUCUUGGAGAACUAAGUACCAGUCUGAAUGCCACCUACCCUUCUCCAAUAUGGACUGCUUAGAUGGAAACCAUUUGAGAUUCCAAAAGCAUCUCAGAAGAAAAUGGACUUUGUGAGUGGCCUGCACACCUUGUGUGGAGCUGGAGACAUCAGGUCAAACAAUGGGCUUGCUAUCCACAUUUUCCUUUGCAACACCUCCAUGGAGAACAGAUGCUUCUACAAUUCAGAUGGGGACUUCUUGAUUGUUCCUCAGAAAGGGAAGCUUCUCAUUUACACUGAGUUUGGCAAGAUGCUUGUGCAGCCCAACGAGAUCUGCGUCAUUCAGAGAGGAAUGCGCUUCAGCAUAGAUGUCUUCGAGGAGACCAGGGGCUACGUCCUGGAGGUCUACGGCGUCCACUUUGAGUUGCCUGAUCUGGGACCCAUUGGAGCUAAUGGCUUAGCCAAUCCUCGUGAUUUCUUGAUUCCUGUUGCAUGGUAUGAAGAUCGCCAAGUGCCGGGUGGCUACACAGUGAUUAAUAAAUACCAGGGCAAGCUGUUUGCUGCUAAACAGGAUGUCUCCCCAUUCAAUGUCGUGGCCUGGCAUGGGAACUAUACACCCUACAAGUACAACCUGGAGAACUUCAUGGUCAUCAACUCGGUGGCCUUUGAUCACGCAGACCCGUCCAUUUUCACAGUGUUGACUGCCAAGUCUGUCCGGCCCGGAGUGGCCAUUGCUGACUUUGUCAUCUUCCCGCCUCGGUGGGGGGUUGCUGAUAAGACCUUCAGGCCUCCUUAUUACCACAGGAACUGCAUGAGUGAAUUCAUGGGGCUCAUCAAAGGUCACUAUGAGGCAAAGCAAGGCGGGUUCCUGCCGGGUGGAGGCAGCCUGCACAGUACCAUGACCCCUCACGGCCCUGAUGCAGACUGCUUCGAGAAGGCCAGCAAGGUCAAGCUGGCACCGGAGAGGGUUGCUGACGGCACCAUGGCAUUUAUGUUCGAGUCUUCUCUAAGUCUGGCUGUCACCAAGUGGGGACUCAAGGCCUCCAACUGUUUGGACGAGAACUACUACAAGUGCUGGGCGCCUCUCAAGAGCCGCUUUACUCCGAAUGCCAGGGACCCGGCAGGACUGAAUUGAGGCUGGAGUGUUGCUACCAUAAUUGGGAGUGGAUUUGUGCAGUUUCCUUGAGAAUCUCAUGCCCUCUGGCAGUUUUUAGGGGAGGGAGUUGGUUAAAAUGAGAACUCACUUUUCAUGGUCAAGUAACUCAGAACAUUUGUGGAAAUGUAUUUGGAAAGUUCUAUGGGUCGUUAGCUUACUUACUGAAUAAAUACAUGCUGGUGUUCUGUGGCAA